UUGAGCAAUUAUAAAGAAACUCAAGCAAAGAAAUUAUAAUAAGAAGUAUUAUAGUAUACGAGUUAUGACGAGUCAAAUGAUUUUUGAACAAAGUAUUGUCAUCAAUCCUGAUAAUAAUUUCAUCAAUAAAAACGUAAAUCGUUUGGAAAAUGUUCAGUCUAAUAGUAGUGAAAUUAUACCAACUAUAGUUACACGACAAGAAGUGGAAAUUUUAGUGAAAAGUACUAUAUCAUCGGAGGCUGAUAUUAUCGAUUACAAAUUGCAACGCUACUCCGACGAGAAAAUUGGCUUCUUAGGUACGCAUUUGCAGCUCAUUGUGCAAGUAAAAAAAUCAAACUACAAUGAAUACGAAAGGCGAAGCUUCUUCGUAAAAACCAUACCAUAUAAUAUACCAGCCCAAGCAGAAUAUGUUAAGGAGAAGGGAGUAUUUAAGAAGGAAAUUCAGUUCUUUAAAGAUCUUGUACCACUUUUAACGAAGAAUUUCAAAGGAGAUACAUGGUCACCACAUUGUUAUUUAACAAAAGAAAGUACAAUUAUAUUUGAAGAUUUGAAAUUUAAGGGAUUUACAAAUAGAUCGAAACUAUUUGAUAAAGAAACUUUGCUGUCCGCAGUAGCUUGCAUUGCGAGAUUCCAUGCUUCUUCGUUACUUGCAGAGGAACAAUUAAAUGGUAAGAGCCUAAUCCAGCUUUAUCCGGAACUUAUGCAGGAAUCGGAGUUCCAACUCACUGGUAGUAGCUAUACAUGGUUCAUUACUGCUAUCAAUUUAGCGGUUUCGUUGGCUAAAAAUCUUGAACUAGAUGCUAGUGCUAUUUACAAAGCCAGUGAACGAAUUUUUGACAUCCGUCUACCAUCUCAAAAUAAACGAAAUGUCGUUAGUCAUGGCGACCUUUGGAGCUACAACAUACUCUUCGACAAGAAUAAUCGAUGCAAUCUUGUUGAUUUCCAAUUAGUGCGCUAUGCGCCUUUAGCUCAUGAUGUUAUGCAAUUGCUUUAUUUGACAACUUCAAAGGAAUUAAGACAGAAAUGUGAAAGUGAAGUUAUAAAAUAUUAUUACGCAACCUUAAUAGAACAUUUGAAAAUCAAUGAUUUUCACAGUAGCUUGCCAACGUUUGAGGAGGUACUGGAAGGUGCAGAAGAGCAAAGAUUACUUGCUCUUAUUACUGCAAUAAUAUUUCAUCCGACUGUGCUAAUGGAUGGUAUAACAGCAGCAAGAAUCAUGGACAAUCCGAUUACAUAUGAAGCGUAUUAUUUCAAAGAUAGGAAACCCUUUGUUGAUAAAAUUAUGGCUGAAGAUCCAGUAUAUAAACAGAAGCUUAUAGAAACGGUCGAGGAACUUGUUGAAAUGUCUUUAAUAUUGGACAGUUUGCCACGACCAAAGUAACUGUUGAAUAUAUUU